CGACAAGGUGCGUUUUUUUUUUCAGCAGGUCCCGUGCAGUCCGGUCGAAGUAAUUUGGCAAACGGACAAGAAGGUGACGUCGUGUUAUUUUCUGCUGAAACAUAUUUUUAGGCAAGGUUACUAUCCAUAAAAUGGCCACACAGAGGUAUGACAUUGUUAUCUUCGGUGCAUCUGGUUUCACCGGCCAAUUCGUUGUCGAAGAAGUCGCCCGAAUAGCAGACGAAGAGCGAGGUUUGACGUGGGCUAUUGCCGGCAGGACCAUGAGUAAAAUGCAGAAAGUUCUGGAACAGGCGUCUAAAAAGACAGGUAAAGAGCUUGAUUCAACUCCAGUCCUAAUAGCAGACACAACCAGUGAGACCUCAAUGGUGGAGAUGUGUAAACAAGCCAAGGUCAUACUCAACUGUGUGGGCCCAUAUCGUUUCCAUGGUGAGAUGAUGGUGAAAGCUGCUAUAGAGGGAGGAGCCAGUCAUUUAGACAUCAGUGGAGAACCACAGUAUCUGGAAAGCAUGCAGCUCAAGUACCACAACAAGGCUAAAGAGAGUGGCGUAUACAUCAUUGGGGCCUGUGGCUUUGACAGUAUUCCGGCGGAGAUGGGCGUGGUCUAUGUCAAUAGACAGUUCAAUGGUGAGGUGAAUUCUGUAGAGAGUUACCUGGAGAUCAUGUCAGGACCUGAAGGUCCCGCUUUAAACAUGGGCACUCUUGAAUCAGCUAUCCAUGGAGUAGCUCAUGCCAGAGAACUUAAAUCUCUACGAAGGUCGUUAUACCCAGAGCGACUUCCACCAUCCAAUCACAAGGCACCAAAGAGGGGAGCAGUGUUUAAGAGUGAGGUGAUUGGAAAGUACUGCCUGCCCUUCCUGGGCAGUGACAAAUCAGUGGUGUACCGGUCACAGCGCUACAAACAUGAUGUCCUCAAGCAGAGGCCGAUACAGUUUGUCCCCUACUUAGUGAAGGACGGAUUGAUUAGUGUGGUGGGAAACAUCUUGUUUGGUCUUCUUUUCCUCAUCAUGUCAAGUUUUAGUCUGGGGCAGUCUUUACUUAUGAAGUAUCCAUCAUUUUUCACAGCAGGAUUUUUCAAGAAAGGAGGUCCAACAAAAAGUCAGAUUGAAAACUGUAGCUUUAAGAUGACAUUUGUGGCCAAAGGAUGGAGCAAAAAACUAGAAGAGCCACUAUCAGACCCUGAGGAAAAACCGGAUACCAUUCUUACUGCCAAAGUCGCAGGGCCAGAGCUUGGAUACAUAACCACACCCAUCUGUAUGGUUCAGUCUGCUCUAGUGGUCCUCAAGGAGGCUGAUAAACUUCCUAAAGAUGGUGGUGUGUAUCCGCCAGGAGCAGCCUUCCUGAAUACCAGUCUGAUAGAGAGGCUCCACAAACACAAUGUCACCUUCACAGAAGUCAAGGAAUAAACAUUACCACCCAGCAGUCAGUAAGGGGUGCCAUGGAGAUUAUCAUGGUGACAGUUGCUAAACAUGGAUACCAUGACAACUUUGUUUAAUAACAUGGAUAACAUUUUGUUCGUAUAUUCUAUGUAUCAUGCUUGUGUGCACGUCAGCAAACUGUGAUCAGUUGAUAAUAACAGUAUUUAUUAUUGUCAUACACAUGGAGUAAAGAACAAAAUUAAUAUGUGACACAAGUUUUAAUAAAAUUAUUUUUCUGUUCUUAUAUUAUAUUUUCUGUACUUGCUAAUUCACAAAGUGAAACAUUUUUCAUAUUUUUGUUUUGUAUACGAGUGCUGUACUGCUUUAAAUAUUUAAUUUACAUUGAUAUUCAUAUUUAUUAUACAAAUAAUGUAUUUAAUUUUUUUUUAUUUUCCCCAUGUAAUGUUGCUGGCUUACCUUUUCAACAAGUACCUGGUACUUGUUGCAUUUAAUUGUAUACCUUUUGUUUAAUAUAUACUAUGAUUGCUGGUAGCUGUAGGUUUUUAUGAAAUACCGAAAUAUGUAGGUCCACAAUCAGUGUAUAUAAAUGACCCUGUUUAUAAACUAUGCAUGGGUUGUUCAUGGUCUGCUAGCUUUAAUGUUAAAAAUCUCAUGAACUGUUAAGGGUGUUCUAACUGUAAAGAUGAUAGACUCCUGAACUGUACAGGGUGUUCUGUGAUGUUCAUUGACUCAUGAACUACAUGGUGUUCUAGCUGUAAUGUUCAAGAAAGCAGUUUGGCAUAUUACUUAAUUGAGUCAACCAUUGCUAUUAUUAUUUGACCCCAAACUGUUUAUAGAUACCACACUGAACUUUUUACCCGAAUGUUGGACCUCUCGCAUCCCCUGUUUAUAGAUAUGUUAUCACAUACAGAAUAGCCAAGUAUGCUCAGUGUUUCUAGUCCUCUAAAUUUGAGAAAAAUGUUUUUUUACAAAGUAAAAUUCCAUUUAUGAGGACCAAGUGUUGUGUAUUUGAAGACUUAUCUAUAUCUAAUAACAUGCAGCUUUUCAUGUAUCUUAAUAUUUUUCUUAGCAUCUGUUGGAGGGGCUCUGGGUUUGAUGCAUUUGUUCGAUAUGUUUCUAUUUGUAUCACAGUGACCAGGUAUAAGGUAUGUGAUUGAAAUGUGAUCAUCUUAUAUUUCUAUUUUCUAUGCAAAUUGCCUGGCAGUGUAAUGUAUGGUGGUAAUCAGUUGUAUUCGUGCUUAUUAUACUUAAAACAUUAACAAUGUUACUGUAAUGUUGUUGGUAGGGACAUGCAUAAAUCUAUAUUGAUUACAAUAAAGCUAUAUUUUGUAAAAAUAAAA